AUUCUGGAGAAAAACCGGAAACUCUUCCUUUACUUCCGCCAUGGGCUUAUAUUCAAAGCCGUUGCUUAUCGACGCCCGAGGCCACCUUUUGGGUAGGCUUGCUAGUAUCACCGCUAAAUCUUUGCUUCAAGGGCAAAGGGUUGUCGUUGUAAGAUGCGAAGGCAUAAAUAUCUCCGGAAGCUUCUACCGAAACAAGUUGAAAUAUUUGGAUUUUCUCCGUAAGAGAAUGAACACCAAACCAAGCCGGGGUCCUUUCCAUUUCCGUGCACCCAGCAAGAUUUUCUACCGUACUGUCCGCGGUAUGAUUCCCCACAAAACUACUCGUGGAAAGGAAGCUCUUGGUAGGCUAAAGGUUUUUGAAGGCAUACCGCCACCUUACGAUAAGAAGAAGAGAUUGGUUGUUCCAUCCGCUCUUAGAGUCAUCAGAUUGAAGCAAAGACGAGAUUUCUGUGUUUUGGGCCGUCUAUCUCACGAAGUCGGUUGGAAAUAUCAGGGCGUAAUGUCGACUUUGGAAACGAAAAGGAAAUUAAAGUCCAAGAACUAUUACCAGAGAAAGGUUAUUCUUGAAAAGAUCAGAAACAAGGCCCGCACUAACGUUGCUAAAAAGAUCGAACCGUACCAGAAAGUGAUCACUGGCAUGGGAUUUCGUUAA